AUGAACAUUCAUUCUCUUGGUUGGAAGUUGUCAAGGUGGUUGCACCUCAACUCAAGAAUCUCACUAUUAAAGCUAAUUCCCACACAAGGACAAGGUUUCCCUUCUUUGGAGAAGGUGGAUCUCUGUUUUAGGGUGAAUCUCCAUUAUACAGGUUUACACCAACAGGCUCGUAAAUUAGCUUGUCUGCUUAAUCAGCUCCACAAUGUCAAAUUCCUUACCCUUAACUUGGGGAUUCUUCAGAUUCUUUCUUCAUCCAUGGAACCAGUCUCACAUCAGCCUUCUCCGUUUGCUAACUUAAAUAUCUUAAAGUUUUUAACUUGCCCUGCAACGCUAUACAUGGAGUUGCAACCACACGAGAAUGUAGCUACAUCUACUCAAAUAAAACAUAAUAUGCAAGAUAGUUUUUCAAGUGCCAUCAUCACAAUCAUCUCACGUGAGGUGAUUAUAGGUAUGAGGAAUAUCGCAUCAGCACAAGGACUUAUGCAAGGAAUACCGGCGCUGGUACAGCAGUGUAAAAGAUAUCGCAAAAUCAUCAAGAGUAAUUGCAUGGGAUACAUCAAUGGAGGAAGGGACUUUGAGAAUAAGUUGAUAGAGAUGAAUGCAAGGAGAAUAGAAGAAUCAAUCGUGACAAAGAUGCAGCGCGUUCAAAGACUGCUGACUGGACUACCUGUGUCAAAUAGUCUAGUGCUGCAAGCAAUAUUUUCUAGUGUCUGUCAAGCAGCUGAAGUUGUCUCGAAAAAUGUCUUGGAACGUACCAACAUCCAAUAUGAUAACAAGUCAAGGUCUUUCAGUGUAGCUUCAUCAUCGCGAUGCAGCUCAGAGGGUGAUCAUGGAAGAAACGCUAGUGAAGAUAAACAUACGCCACUGAAAGAUGCUUUGAAGUCUGAUAAGGGUAGUAUUGGAAAAGAAAAUAUCAAGGAGGAUCUCCUUAUGAUUUUGGUGAAGAUAACUCAGAAAAUGAGUCAGAUGAUGAACAUGGUGAAUCAGUCUCUCUCUUUAAAGCGACUUACUGAGGACAAUGAUAUAUACAAGAUUUUCACUAGUAUUAUGUCUUUGCAUCCUCCAAAGGAGGAAGAUCCCUUAGAGUAUUUAAUAAACAAAUUGAAUGAAGACAGACGGAUUGUGAUAUCAAGGAGUAAUAUAAAUAAAUUGCAUAAGGUUCAUGAGGAAGUGUGGACCUCUUGCAUAAUCUUUGUAUUGCUGCAGCAUAUACACCUGUUCAAGAACACGACACAACUCCAGUAG